GUCACACAGCAGCAGGUUCAGAGUGGAAAGGUUGGCAGGAUGAAGAAAUGGCAGCCGGCGCGCUGCGGUGUUGGCAGUGACCAACAUGGCUAAUUUCUCGAUAGGCGACCUCCCACACGUACGCAUAUUUCUUAAAAUAUGAGGAGUAUACCUUAAAAUCUGAUACAUACUUAAGUAGGAACGCGUUUAAAGACUUAUACGCAUGGCUUUACUGUAUGAGAUGGUGUGGCGGUUUUUGCACGCGCUGCUAUAUGUUCAGCGCGCGCUGGUCGCUUGGUUUCGAGUCCACAUCUGGAGAUGGAAACGGGCAGUGGUGGGAUUAUUACUGCCCCUUGCCCUCGGCUUUCAUAAUCAGAAAAAGGCUGGACCCAUAGGCAAACGGACCAGCCGCCGGGUUCGCUGGGGAGCCGACGGCAGGACGAUAGAGAAGCUGCCCCUUCAUGUGGGGUUAUUGAUCACUGAGGAGGAGAUACACUAUUCUGACAUUGCCAAUCUAGUGGUCUGGUGCAUGGCAGUGGGCAUCUCAUAUGUCAGUGUUUAUGAUAAUCAAGGUGUCUUCAAGAGGAAUAACUCCAGACUCAUGGAGGAGAUCCUGAAAAAACAGCAGGAGUUUUUGGGAAUGGACAGCUCCAAAUACUCAGUGGAGUUGUUGAAGAAUGGUACAGAUAAACAAGAGCAUCAAGUGUUAUCUUGUCAGUCAGUGGUCAAGGUCUUCUCUCCAGACGAUGGGCGGCUCAGUAUCGUCCAGGCAGCCCAGCAGCUCUGUAGGGCCGUCGAGCAGAGGGAAAGGACAUCCAAAGACAUUGAUGUCACUGUGCUGGACUCAUUACUCAGAGAGUCGAAGAACAUACCUGACCCAGACCUGGUGCUGAAGUUCGGUCCUGUGGAAAGCACACUUGGUUUUCUUCCCUGGCACAUCAGACUAACAGAGAUUAUGGAACUUCUCCUCACGCUGGCUCUCGGCCAGGUCUUAUCGCUGCUCAUCUGUGGGAUUGGCCUGACCAGCAAAUACCUGGCGGAUGAUUACCAUGCCAACACCCCCGUGUUUCAGGGCUUUCUCAACUACAUCCUGCUGUUCCUGGUCUACACUACCACGCUUGCAGUCAGGCAAGGAGAGGAGAAUCUAUUGGCGAUACUGAAAAGAAGAUGGUGGAAGUACAUGAUUCUGGGAUUGAUUGAUAUAGAAGCCAAUUACCUGGUCAUCAAAGCCUACCAGUACACCACACUGACCAGCGUUCAGCUGCUGGACUGCUUCGUGAUCCCCGUGGUGUUGCUGCUGUCGUGGUUCUUCCUGUUAGUCAGGUAUAAAGUGCUGCACUUUGUGGGUGUGGGCGUGUGUCUCCUGGGCAUGGGCUGCAUGGUGGGCGCCGACGUCCUGGUGGGCCGACAACAAGGCCUCGGGGACCACAAACUCUUAGGGGAUUUAUUGGUUCUUGCGGGGGCGACGCUCUACGGCAUCUCCAAUGUUUGUGAGGAGUUCAUUGUGAAGAACCUGAGCCGGGUCGAAUUCCUGGGAAUGAUGGGUCUCUUUGGCUCCUUCUUCAGUGGUAUCCAACUGGCCAUUAUGGAGCACAAGGAACUUCUGAAGGUGCAGUGGGACUGGCAGAUCGGGCUGCUGUACAUUGGAUUCAGCGCAUGCAUGUUUGGCCUGUACAGCUUCAUGCCUGUGGUAAUCAAAAGAACCAGCGCCACAGCGGUGAACCUCUCUCUGCUGACAGCCGACCUGUACAGCCUCUUUUGCGGCCUGUUCCUGUUCCAGUACAAGUUUUCAGGGCUUUACCUGCUGUCCUUCUUCAUCAUCCUCCUGGGACUGGUCCUCUACUCCUCUUCCUCCACCUACGUGGCACAGGAUCCUCGCGUUUAUAAACAGUUCCGCAACACGGGAAACGCUAUCACAGACACGCCCACUGUGGGGCCCCUGGAGCCUUCAGUGACCUAUACGAGCCUGGGUCAGGAAAUAGAAGAGGAGCCUCGCAUACGAGUAGCCUGAAGGGGGCGUGGUCAAUCCAAAACCAAUCAUCCACUGCCCGGCCCAGCAGUCUGUAGAAAAGUGAAAGAAAACGAUCACUGAAUGAUGUAAUCAACCACGUAGCAAAUGAGUACACUGUGAUCACGAACUGUCAAUAGGUAGCAGUGACUUCUGUAUAUCUGAGUUAUCAGAUCCAUCAUGUAUAGAGAUGAUUUCACCUCAUUGCCUCUUUCCCCGCGGCAAAUUAAGUGUUUAGAAGGAUUCGUGCUGACUGUUUUGUCCAAAUGCUCACUUGUGAAUGUUUUAUUUUCUUAUACGAGCACAAAGGGUUCAUUGUAUCUGAACGUUUGACAAGGUUUGUCUCAUACAGUUUCAUGAAUAUUUUAUGUUUUAAAUCUAAUGACAUCUCUGGAAAACUGCAUUCUGAGUUUUAAAAUGCUGAUUUGAGCCAGUGCCUUGCCAUGUAAUAUUAUUAUUGUGGGUUCCAUUAGCCAAUGAGAAAUCAUGACUUCUGAAAACAGUGUCAUCAGUAUUGGACAUCAUGUCUUGAUUGCAUAUUGUAUUAUCUGCUCAAAAUUAUAAAUAUUUCCAUCUACAAAAAGGUAAAAAAAAAAAAAAAAAAGUGUGAUUUUCCAUCUUUCUUUAACUGUUAUACCAUAUUCAUUUGUUUUAUAUUUGUCAUAUUGUUUAUCUUGUUUUAAUUCUGCCAAGAAAGGGUACAUGCAUUUGUAUUAAAUAUAAAAGUCUGUGUAAUAGCAAUUGAUUGUAAACUUGUAAACUAUUUUACUGCACUUGACUUUGUUUUAUAAGCAGUUCAGUCUUUAAUUAUCAUCUUAUUUGGAUAAAAAUCCAGUACAAUACAUGUGUAAAGUUAUUCUGAACUGAUAUCUACAUUUUGUUUUGUUUAAUUUUUUUCUUUUUUCGUUUUUGUCAUUUAAAUAUUGGAAAUUCUUAAUGUGUCUGACUUGCUUAAAAUAAAGUAUAUUUGUCUUAAACUCAAAAAA